CUGCCUGUUUACCUGGAAUAUGACACAUGCACACAUGCAUCAAAUUCAGGCAUUGUCGAACCAUCCAACGUGAACCACUACCACCUGAUCCAGAAAUGAAGUAACAAGCCUCGUUGACAUGCAAAUUGAAUACACGUUCCAUCUCGAUAACCAUAUAAAUCGCAGAACUGCAGCUCUGCGAAUCACAGUCAACGUUGUUGCCACGAAAAGGAAAUCGCCCCCCCGUCAGUUCGUUACUACGACUAAACGUACUUAACCAUAUGAGCAUGGACACGAAAAAAUCGCCGACCGACGCAGAAAACUAGGGGUGUCCGCGAAUGGGAUCCGCUCACAAUGUGAAUAUGUGUAGAAGAGGGGACCCUUUAUUCAUCACUGACACAUUUCUUCUCGAUGCAUGCAAUUAUCUUCGUUAGAAACGGUGUGUGUCCACUGGCUUGAUCAAAAAACGUCAGUCGUGUGUACGACUGUCCAGCCUAGUUGAAGCUCGCGCACUGCACCUCCGGCCCACCUCUGAGAGCACGGAAAAUCACGCGCAGUAGGCUGAGCAGAAGUGCGAAGAAAGAAACGGACACUAUUGUUUUUUGUCGAGCCCCGAAGGACCCGACAACCAUCUUAGGAGCACAAAAAAGACCUGUUUUUGCCUUCUUCAUUUUUGGUGUUUCCCCACCUUGUGUCACUAAUAUAAGACCAGACGAAUACUUAGUUCACACGUCCUGCUGCAGUCCAACGUUUGACUCGCUUCGUGACGCUAUGCCUAUGCAUCAAAGUAGAAAUAUUAAUGUCUGAACCAUCAGUGGCUUUUGUCGUCACACGCCUAGGCUGAAUAUAUAUGAAGAAGCAGGCAUCUGCUUCCUGCCUACACAAGGGUGAUUGGUUUUGUAUUCGGCACGCCAGGUUUUUAAACGCGUCUGUUCAACCCGUUAGGGCUCCGUGUUCUUGCUUAUUCGUGUCAGCGUGCCACAGCACCCUUGGCGUAUCCACGUGCAAACAGAAACUACAAUGGCGGUCUCCGUCCUCCCGAAUAAGCGUUUUUGCUUUCCGCUUUUCUGCACAGCCAUCCUGUUUUUCAGUGCCGUCCACCAGGACGUGGUAUGUGAAUACACCGAAUCUGCUUCCAUUGAAACUCCAGCAGUGGAGGCCGUGACACACCCAAGCAGGACGUCGUCGACCAAAGACGUUGUACACGAAGUGAAGGAAACUGUCCAAACUGAAGGAUUGUUGGGCAAAACUACCGUCAUCGAACAGCUCUUGUCCAACGCACUCAAGCGUGUUGCAGAUGCGAUCACGCUGCGCCAAAGCAAAACCAAUUAUGAAACAGAAUAUCUCGAGCCUGUCGAAGAAGAGCUCUCAAUCUUGAUACACGCAGUGGAGCUUUUUCAGCAAAUGGUGAUUCCCCCUGUUGUCGAAGUCGCCCAGAUGCCUUACGAGGCUUUGCGGAGUGCAUCUGAGUUUGUCGAUGAUAUUCUCCGGAGUUUCCUAGACCUAGACCAAGAAAUGAGUGUCACAGAAGAUUUCUCAGGCAGUGGAUUAGGCUCCGUUGAGGGACACUGUGACAGUCAAAAGACGUUCGAUAUUAGAUCGACCGACGACUUACAAGAGAGCAGAGCAGAUCUCGAAUGCAUUUUCGCCGGGGGAGAGGCUCCAAAACGACCUCCUUUAGGCGUAGUCGUAGGACGCGUCCAUGAAACCGGAGCUACCGAUCUCUACAAUCUUCUGAUGAAGAUCUGGUGGUCUGGCAAGCUCGCUUUUCAGACUCGCUGUGGAUCAUCCCGAGACAUAUACAUGAUUCAGAACUUGAUUCACGCUUCACUAGACAUUGCAGCUUACGCAUAUGUCGGGACCUUUACCGACCCCCUCGCCCCCGGAGAAUACAUGGAUAAGAAGCCUUCUCUCAUCUAUGAUUACACCGUAAAUUUUGGAACCCUCUGCCCCGAGAUGAACAAGCAAGCAAGUCGGGUUAAUCUCGGUGUAAUCAACAACGAACAUAUGUACAGGAACGUCGUCGAUGUUCUCCGGAAAGUUGGCGAAACUGAAGACGGAGGACAUAUUUUGCUUGGGAAAGCCAUGCUGAGAGAUCCACUCGAUUUCCCAGAUAAAGGCGACAUUCAUGCGGCGUUUUGGUCCGGUGUUUCGUAUGACAACGACGCCUUCGAGUCUUCCAACGGAGAGUUCAGGCUCAGUGCCCUGGAGCGGUCAUUCACAUACAGACAUCAGAGUAUCGUCGAGGUACUUCGCCGAUUUCUGCCACUUUUGGAACUCGUUGGUGACCCUGUGUAUGUGGGCCCCCUUCUCUACGACAGUGUUUUCCGGUGGAAAUUUGGACGACAGCCUUUGUCGCCCUCCCAGGCUUCCGCUGCGAGAGAAUAUAGAAUGGGCGGUGAGCCGUCUGACCUGAAAUUCCGGCUGGGGUCACAUCCAGCAGCGGGCUCUCCCGUGUCGUAUCUAAGUGGCGCUCUUCCACCUCAAGUAAACAUUUUGGAGUUGUUACUUAGGAAGGUUUCCAACGAACCAGGAAAUGUCUCCUCAACAGGCGUUGACGCGGUACCCCAUGAGGACGCCUGAGACGAUAGAGCACACCAGAAGAAGUACAACGAGUAACUGAAGAAAGAACACAUAAGCUAUUCCGAGCUGCUGGGAGCAAGACGCAAAUGUGCAUAACAUGUAGGGCGUAACAAUCUUUACACAAGCACUGCUUAUGUGGUGCUUGCCUAUGGUCACCACAUAACUAUGUACGUAUACUGUCAAACCACAUACGAACUUGUUUGGCGAUUAUCAGUACAUGUGCUGUUGAACACUCUCUGGACACUUUUCCUUUGGCAUUGAUGUUAUCAUGUGUACCCGCAUCUUACUGCAACAGUUACUCAAAGUAACUUUGGUCUUGUUACUGCCGCUACGUCGUAACAGCCUGCCAUGGCGUACAAGAUUUUUAAAACUGGGCUUGCGUAUCUCGCCUUCGAACAAAUCAAUUUUUUCUUCUAAUUGGCAG